CCAAUCAGAGGGGAGGUGGCGGCGUGAACCGCGGCCAUCAGUUCGUUUGAAAUCGGUCUCGUGUGUACGUCUCGACACAACCAAUAUGUCCACCACGGAGAAGUCUGUUGCAAACGCUGACGAACAAGUCACAAAGGGAACCAAAAGGGCAGCUGAGGAGGAGGCAGAGGAUGCGAAGAAGCUGAAGGGGGAGGAGAAUGGUGAGGAGGAACUAGAAGAGGAGGAGGACUUGGAGGGAGAGGAGGAAGAGGACCUGGCAGAUGCUGAGGAGGAACUUGAUGAGGAAGCAGAAGAAGAGGAGGAAGGCGAGGGCGAAGAGGGAGAAGGAGAGGAGGAUGAAGAGGAUGAGGAUGCAGAGGAUGCGUAAGACGACAGCUGCUGAUGAAGACCGGCGAUGCAUCCCUAAGCCGGGGACCACCUGAGGAUGCCCGGCCGGGGGGCUGUGGGCGAUGGGCUCUGCUCCAGUUUUUAUUAUUGUAUUGUAUUAUAUUUCACGUACCUGUACAGUCAGUGUGAGAGAAGUAGCGCGUGAGUGUGAAUGAUAGAAGCGCCCCUCGCCCUGCCCCCCCGGCUCUAUGGAGCUCAAGCGUCCUCAACCCAGCAACGGCGACGCCCGCGCCCACCUGCCGCCCACAAGACCUCCGCUCGCACGCCCGCGCGGGUGGUGGGGUCGUGGGACCCCGGCGCGACCAGGCAGCAGAGAAGCAGGAGUUACCAGGGUGCGGUACCAGCGCACGAGUCGCCAAUACACCUCGUGUAGUGUCUAUUUUCCAUUGAUACCAAAAGCAAGCAGGGCUCCCUAUUUUAUUUUUCUACAAUGCAUCUCUUCUGAACUGAUGUGUUUUUUGGGCAGUACAAGAUAAUUUUCAUUCUUUAAUUUCAUAGGAGUGACAAGUGUCUCAUUUUGUGUGAAAGUCAAUAAAGCUUAAGUUGUCUGUA